AUGGAGGACCUGAGCGUGGAGGAGCUCGCCUCCAACCUCUCCACCUACAAAGAGCAGCUCCGCGAGGUUAAGAAGCUUAUCAAGGAGAAAAAGGAUGACCCUGGAAUUUCUGAAUAUAUUGAUAUGGAGAAAGAGCUUCAAGAAGUCAUAACAUUAACCGAAGAGAUUUUGGCAACUGCAAAGCAAACUGAGAGUGCCCAGAAUGCUGCAGGUCUAUCACCACCAAAUUAUUCAGCUGGAGUGCAGUCUGAGGGACUGGAUGACCUUUCGCAUUCCCAUAAGUUUGCUGUUGGUACUAGAGUUCAAGCUGUGUGGAGUGAAGAUGGGGAAUGGUAUAAUGCAACAGUUGAAGCUUUGACACCAAAUGGAUAUUAUGUAGCCUACGAUGGCUGGGGAAACAGGGAAGAGGUGGACCCAGAUAAUGUGAGGCUGCUUGAGGAAGAAGCAGCUGAUGCUUUGAGACAAGUUGAAAAGGAAGCUGAAGCUACAAAAAUGGCAAUAAAGAGGAAAAUUGAACAAGCAGCAACAUCUGAUUUUCAGGCGCGUAGCUUGCCAGCCAAACUUCGUAUCGAACCAAGUGAUCCUGAGGAUGUUAAAGCUGCAAAGCGUAAGAAAAUACAUGCUUUCAAAUCAAAAGCCCGCUUUGAGCAACUUGAAUUUGCCCAAAACAAGCGGCAGAACACAUGGCAGCAGUUUCAAACCAAAGGGAAAGCCAAAAAGGUGGGGUUCUUCUCUGGUCGCAAGAAGGAGAGCAUCUUCAAGUCACCGGAUGACCACAGAGGUAAGGUGGGUGUCACUGGGAGUGGCAAAGGCCUGACUGACUUCCAGAGGAGGGAGAAGCAUCUGCACCUUAAAGGUGGCUCCGGGGAUGCAGCGGAUGAUGAGGAAUAA